AUAUUCUAAAUCCCUUAUCUGUCUCUCAAAACUCAACUCUAGAUCCAAAAAUAAUCCAAUCUCCAUUUUCUUCUUUCUUUUGCACAAAAACAAACUUAGACCACAAACCCCAAAAACCCACAAAUACAAACAGGGUUUGUUUGAUCUAUACAUACAUACAUACAACACAUCAUAUCAUAGUUCUUGUAAAAAUAUUAGUCAUUAUCGAUCUCUUAGUUAUACUAUAUAGAUCCAUUUGUUAUUGAUUUUAUCAACUACCCUUUAUUUCUUUUUCAUUUAUACAACUAACCCAUAUCUUGAAAUUAUCAGUUUUGUGCUAAAAAAUUUAGUCUUUUUUUUUCUUGAUUUGGCCCAUUUUUUGCUAAAUAUUUAGUGGAUCUUGUGUCUUUCUGAUCUGUUAACUUUUGUGGGCCUUUUCUGUUUAACUUGUUUAAUGCUUUGCAGUAGUGAUGCAGUCUGAUCAAAGAAGAAAGGGAUCUGCGGAAGUCGAUUUUUUUACCGAAUAUGGUGAAGGAAGUAGGUAUAAGAUAGAGGAAGUAAUUGGUAAAGGAAGUUAUGGUGUUGUAUGCUCAGCAUAUGAUACACAUCUUGGUGAAAAAGUAGCAAUAAAAAAGAUUAAUGAUAUAUUUGAGCAUGUAUCCGAUGCUACACGAAUUCUCCGUGAGAUUAAACUUUUAAGGCUUCUUCGUCAUCCGGACAUUGUGGAAAUUAAGCACAUUUUGUUACCUCCAUCGAGGAGGGAGUUUAGAGAUAUAUAUGUGGUGUUUGAGCUUAUGGAAUCCGAUCUACAUCAGGUUAUUAAAGCAAAUGAUGAUUUAACACCAGAACAUUAUCAGUUUUUCCUUUAUCAACUUCUUCGAGGAUUGAAAUACAUUCAUACAGCAAACGUCUUCCACAGAGAUUUGAAACCCAAAAAUAUUUUGGCAAAUGCAGACUGCAAACUCAAGAUAUGUGACUUUGGUCUUGCAAGAGUUGCUUUUAAUGAUACACCUACUGCAAUUUUCUGGACGGAUUAUGUUGCAACAAGAUGGUACAGGGCUCCAGAAUUGUGUGGAUCAUUUUUCUCUAAGUACACACCUGCUAUAGACACAUGGAGUAUCGGUUGUAUCUUUGCAGAACUUCUAACCGGAAAACCCCUUUUUCCCGGGAAAAAUGUGGUGCAUCAGCUGGAUCUGAUGACUGAUCUUCUGGGGACGCCAUCACCUGAAGCAAUAGCAAGGAUAAGAAAUGAGAAAGCCAGGAGAUACUUAAGCAGCAUGAGGAAGAAAAAACCAAUUCCUUUUUCACAGAAGUUCCCAAAUGCAGAUCCUCUUGCACUACGUUUAUUAGAAAAAAUGCUUGCAUUUGAGCCCAAGGACCGUCCUAGUGCCGAGGAGGCUCUGUCAGAUCCUUAUUUCAAGAAUUUGGCUAAGGUUGAGAGGGAGCCAUCUGCUCAACCUGUAACCAAAAUGGAAUUUGAGUUUGAAAGAAGAAGAAUUACUAAAGAAGACGUACGUGAACUGAUUUAUAGAGAGAUUCUUGAAUACCAUCCCAAUAUGCUUAAAGAGUUCUUGGAUGGAGCUGAACCAACAGGCUUCAUGUAUCCAAGUGCUGUUGACCAAUUUAAGAAGCAGUUUGCUCAUCUUGAAGAACAUUAUGGCAAAGGUACAGCGGCUGCACCCCUUGAGAGGCAACAAUCGUCAUCAUUACCAAGGGCUUGUGUGUUAUAUCCAAAAGAUACUGCACAAGGUGCAGUAGAAGUUACAAAUGGACUUUCCAAAUGUUCAAUUAAAGAAGUUGGAAAGCAGUACAUGACUAACCCUAUGCCAAUGACCAGACUUCCUCUUCAAGUUCCCCAAAGCAUCCAAGGGGGAAGUGCUGCGAGGCCCGGUAAAGUAGUUGGUUCCGUGAUGCGUUACAACAACUCUGGACCAACGGCUGCACCUGCUGUAGGAUCAGGUGAUGCUUUUGAACAACGAAGGGCAAGUAGGAAUAAUCCAGUAGCUGCCCCAACCCAGUUCCCUCUUCCUGCUUCUUCUUACCCAAGGAGAAGCACCAACUCAGCCACCUGCAAAAACGACAAGGUAGAAACCACUAUCGAAGUUUCUGGUAACGGGCUACAAUCACGACCUCCUUAUGCUCCAAGAAAAGUCGCUGCUCAAGCUGGGCCGGGUAGUCAAUGGUAUUGACUAUUGACUCUUCUUUCGUGGGUAUUCUUUUGAAAGUUGUGUAGAGCCUUUGCCGUCUGGUAAAUUGACCAUACCACGCCCCUUGGCAAGAGUAAAUCGGCAAACUUAAUUGGUUAAACCGGAAGGGAUAUCUGUCGUAUUCAUUAGGGUUUUGGCCUGUUUAGAGACAAUAGAUGAUGUGGGAACUUUGGAGAUAUUAAAAGACACUAUUAAGCAGCUAACAGCAGAAUAAUGACCGCCUGAUUCACCUAGCUUACUCAAUGUUUAACAUGUAAAAAUAACUAUCCCGAUGAAGACUAUGUGUCAAUUGUAUCAUUAUAAUAUGUACUUGUUUAAAGAACGUGAAUAUGCUAUUUUGUUAGCUGCAUUCGUUUCA